GCACCGGAGGCUCGUCUGCGGUGAUUGGAGAGAUAAGGGACAACCUCGUCCUCCUCAAACAUCGAGCGAGGUCGGGGGGUGGGGGGGCAGAAAGCGGCAGGGAAGACGAGAAGGCGGUGGACUUUUUUUUUAAUUUUAUUUUUAAUUUUUAAAAACCUUAAAGCGAGCCGGGAGUGGUUUUCAUCGUCCGCGCUUCGUUGUAGAAAGUAACUGAUUCCCCCAGCAGCAUUCGUCAUGUCAUCGUCCGGUAAAGACAACAGCGGAGCCCCGCAUGCCAAUUACGUGGGACCGUACCGUUUGGAGAAGACGCUGGGCAAAGGACAGACAGGAUUGGUCAAGCUCGGAGUUCAUUGUGUAACAUGCCAGAAAGUUGCCAUAAAGAUUGUCAACCGUGAGAAACUCAGCGAGUCAGUACUCAUGAAGGUGGAGCGAGAAAUAGCCAUUCUGAAGCUCAUAGAACACCCGCAUGUUUUAAAGCUACACGACGUCUAUGAAAAUAAAAAAUACUUGUACCUUGUACUAGAACUUGUGUCCGGUGGGGAAUUGUUUGACUACCUGGUGAAGAAAGGCAGACUAACACCUAAAGAGGCCAGGAAAUUCUUCAGACAAAUCAUGUCUGCUCUGGAUUUUUGUCACAGUCAUUCAAUAUGCCACAGAGACCUGAAGCCGGAGAACCUGCUGCUCGAUGAGAAGAAUAACAUCAGGAUAGCAGACUUCGGUAUGGCCUCUCUUCAGGUUGGAGAUAGUCUCUUGGAAACCAGCUGCGGAUCUCCACAUUAUGCCUGUCCAGAGGUCAUCAGGGGGGAGAAAUACGAUGGGAGGAAAGCGGACGUCUGGAGCUGUGGGGUCAUUCUUUUCGCCCUAUUGGUGGGUGCUCUGCCUUUUGAUGACGACAACCUGAGGAAUCUGCUAGAGAAAGUCAAGUUAGGAGUGUUUCACAUGCCCCACUUCAUCCCUCCAGACUGUCAGAACUUACUGCGGGGCAUGAUAGAAGUGGAUGCCUCCAAAAGACUAACGCUAGAACAGAUCCAGAAGCACACAUGGUACAUAGGGGGUAAGAACGAGCCAGAACCUGAGCAGCCCGUGCCGAGGAAGGUGACCAUCCGCAGCCUCCCGUCUGCAGACGACAUCGACCCAGACGUCCUGGACAGCAUGCACUCCCUUGGCUGCUUCAGAGACAAGAACAAGCUGCAGAAAGACUUGCUCUCAGAUGAUGACAACCAAGAAAAGAUGAUCUACUUCCUGUUACUGGACCGUAAGGAGAGGUACCCCAGUCAAGAGGACCAGAACCUUCCUCCUCGCAAUGAGAUAGAUCCCCCCAAGAAGCGGGUUGACUCUCCCAUGUUGAACCGACAUGGAAAACGGAGACCAGAGAGGAAGUCCAUGGAAGUCCUCAGUGUCACAGACGGAGGCUCGCCUGUGCCGGCCAGGAGAGCCAUCGACAUGACACAGCACGGCCAACGUAAGUCAGUGUACAGUAAAAGCUUGGAUAUUCCUGAUGGCAGACAAAAACGCAGCAAAGAAGAAAGGUCACGGUCUAUCAGCGGAGCUUCUUCAGGCCUCACAACCAGCCCGCUCAGCAGCCCGCGGCCAGUUAGAAAGUUUAGUGUUCCACCUCAAAUCCCCGAUUUGCCGCAGUCUACAAACACCAGCCCCUGUCCUUCCCCCGAGCCAAUUCCAAAUCGCACAGGCCCACGUAUCUCUACGCCGAACUCACUCGCCCCGAGCGCCGAGGCCGUUUCGGCCGCUCUUAACAAGACACAAACUCUCCCGACCAAGCCCAAAGUUGCCCCAAAGGCUCUUCAAGCCACAAGAUCCAACCCGCUCCCUGAAGCUUCAUUAGAUGCAGCAACCUCGCCGGAGUCCUUAGCUCCGUCCCAGACCUCGUCACACCCCGCAUCCAUCUCUAUGCCCCCCACACCAACCUCUCCGCUAUCGCCAACCUUUCCGAGCCCCGUUGCUUCCAUCUUAAACAGCCCCCAAGUGAGGCGCUCCCAUUUCGCUGCCAACCCCCAACUCUCUGUGCCCUUCAGCCCAGCGAUGCCUCCCUCCUCAAUCCGUCUGCACCACUUUCACCCAUAUGCUGACCACCCACCUAAAUCUAUCCCCCUCAUACAGGUUACACCCCACCCUUCCCCUAGAGGUAGCCCCCUACCGACCCCAAAGGGCACCCCGGUGCACACGCCUAAGGACAGCCCGGCCGGAACUCCCAGCCCGACGCCGCCCCCCAGCCCCUCCAUUGGCGGCAUGCCAUGGAGGACGCGCCUCAAUUCCAUCAAGAACAGUUUCCUGGGUUCACCACGCUUCCACCGCAGGAAACUCCAAGUUCCCACGCAAGAUGAGAUGUCUAGUCUCACUCCAGAGUCUUCCCCAGAACUUGCCAAAAAAUCCUGGUUUGGUAACUUUAUCAACCUGGAAAAGGAGGAGCAGAUCUUCAUUGUCAUCAGGGACAAACCUCUCAGCUCCAUCAAGGCCGACAUUGUUCAAGCAUUUCUCUCGAUCCCAAGCUUGAGCCACAGCGUCAUUUCGCAGACCAGUUUCCGAGCGGAGUACAAGUCCACAGCUGGUCCGACAGUCUUCCAGAAGCCGGUCAAAUUCCAGGUGGACAUCACCUACACGGAGAGCACAGCUGCCACCAAGGAGAACGGCAUCUACUCCGUCACCUUCACCCUGCUCUCAGGACCCAGCCGACGCUUUAAGCGAGUCGUGGAGACCAUCCAGAGCCAGUUGUUAAGCACACAUGACCAGCCUGGAGUCCAGCAGCUGUCUGACGAGAAGAACGGACAGGUGCUCGCCUGCAAGCGCUGCCCCUCGCCCUCGCCCUCGCCCGUGCACGCCAGGCGGCAGGAGCAGGAGAACAAUAGCAGCAAAAGUCCUCUGGUGUGCAGAGACCGAGUCAAGUUGUCCCUCCAGGAACACACUUUAAACUGAGCUCUGUCUCGUCUCCAUCCUUCCUCCCCCGACAUCUCCAUCUUGUCUCUGUGCUCACCUGCUGUUCAACCUUGUGCUAACCUCCACCUUUCUUACACCAGGACUUAUCCAGAAAACCUAUUAAGUUCCAUCCCCGCUCUGUCCCUGCUUCACUGUCCUCCCCCCCGAAGGCCAUGAGAGACCAUGCUUUUUGAGCUUUGGGUUACCAUGGAAACGGACGUCUACCUUCAUCGUCAACCUCUCUUUUUCACCCCGACAGUAGAAGUAGAAAAUACCUUUGGUGUGUCCCCCCUCUCCUCUUCCCGAUACUCUUGCACCCCCCCAAAAAAAACAGGCGCCUUUGCCUCGAGGAGCAUUUUGUCCAACAUAUGCACACAACGAUGUGGGAUGUCUACGUGAUGGAGCAGGAGACGUGCGGACGAGGACGCUCGCUGGAUUGUACUUUUUUUCUUUUUUCUUUUUAAAGGUGUGACUUGACGCGAAAUAACGCUACUGCUGCAAACGAACUGUGACCCGAGAGACGCGGGGGAGGGGAGAACGUUGCUGACGUGGCAAAAUAGGGUAACGGAUGAUGUAAUCUGUUGUACAGACUUGUUUCUUAUGUACAAAGUCAAAGAAUUGUCUAGUUGUGACACAAUGUUUAGAUACCGUCUAGGGAAGUCAUGUGUAUUUUUGAUCGAUCCAAACCAUUGAUUUGUCCAUUGAUGACCUCUCACUUACCAGCAGUAGGAGUAGAAGAACAAAGCAACAAAAAAAUGUGAUCAAUGCACUCGUGCUUAUUUUUCUAUUUCUCCCCCCGCCCUUAUUUAUUCAUCUGUGUCAUGUCCUCAUUUAUUAACACUUGACUAUUUAUAUGAACAAAGCUGUUAGCUCAGUUGAAUGUUAUUUAUUAUUAUUAUUAUUAUUAAUAAUAACCUUUUGUGUGUUGGAAAAUGGGGCGUUGUUACAAGAAGAACUUUUCUUUUGGUCUAAUUUUAGCUGAAUGAUCCGUCUUUUUCCUUGACGAUGAGAGGAAAGACAACUUGUAUUUAAAAAAAACAAAGAAACAAACAAAAAAAAACCAAUUCCAGUGAUUUAAGAAUGUAGACUUAGCCUCUUUUUGGAGAGAGGGAAUGCUCUUUUAUCGCUAUUUGUGCGUUUCAUAUUGUUUGCAACAGCCGGGCCUGAGAAGGAGCUCAAUAUGGAUCCAUGGUUGUAAAUAGACCAUUUAAAAAAAAACAACAACACGGUUGGUUGUCUUCUUUCCAUGCUGGAGAUUCUUGCUCUCUGCGUUAGCUCGUGUUGUCGUGUGCAUGUCCAACACCAGCUUUUCUUUGCAUGGCUUCGGUGUUAAUGUUCCACGCUGGUCUCGCCUCUGAACUACCUUUUUAUGUUCUACUUUCUACCUUAAAUUCCUGCCCUCUUUUGUUUGUUGUUGUUUUGUUUUUUUCCCUGUUCAUUUUCAAAUCUUUGCACCUGCUGCUCCUUUUAUCUCUUGUCGUGUGGCCAGAAGACACCGGGAGAGGACAUCAAUACUAACAAACUCAAAAGCAAUAGAAUAAUGUUCACUCUCCUUUUUGUUUUGUACGCACGGGAAAGCAAGCAGCCGAGCGACUCAGAGCAGGAAGUAAACAGAUGAUGUAAUAAUCCCCGUAUAACGUAACUACUGUGAGCAUCCUCAGUGCUGAAACAAAUAAACUCAUUCCGAUACUGU